AUGAUAAACUUUAAAGGAAGUGGGAAUCAACUAAGUAAAUAUGUUGAUAAUAAUAAAAAAUUUUUAUUCCUAGAAACACAUUUAUUUCAUUCAAAGAAAACAUUGGGAUUUUUCAAUAGUGAUACUAUUGUUGAAUAUAUUACUGAGUUUACAGACUAUUACAAUAGAAUUUUUAGAGAUAAAAAUAAUAAUUCAAUAUGUAAAAGAUUGUUAUCAUGUAUAUUAAAGUUAACAAGGGUUGUAUGGUCAGAUAAGCAAUCAAGUUCAGACUCGAUAUUAAUAGUUAUAGAUUCAUUAUUCAAAUUGAUAUUAAAUGUAGAGUUAAGAGAUUCAAUCGAACAAAGUCAUUUGGUUGUAAUGUUGGAUAUUUUAUGUCAAAAUAGAUUCUUUUCACAAAGCAGAAGAUUUAUUGAACCAUUGUCACCAUUAUCGCCGACUAGAAUGACUUUAACAACACCAUCUUUAUCACCAUCAAAAUUUUUUAGCGCUGCAAAGAAUCAUCUUUUACAACAAUCACCAACUAAAAACUUUUUAGGUGCUAGUAAAAAUAUAAAUAUAAAUAAUAACAACAACAAUAAUAUAUCGCCAUCAUAUCCAUCAUCAUAUAACGGCAGUAUUAAUAGUUCAUUUUCAACAUCAAUAAUGAAAACACCGAUGACUCCUUUUGAUGAUACCCAAAGUUUAACAUCAUCAGUCGACUCUUUAACUGCUGGCUCAAUUCCAUUCAAUCAUAUUCUCAAUCCUUUAACUUUAAAAGAAUCUUAUAUUAUAUUAAUUCCAUUAUUGUUUUUAUAUUGUAAUAAUGAUAAAAACUAUAGAGAAUUAAAAAAAUAUUUUGGUGCCAAUAUUAUUGAAAAAGAAACAUUUGAAUAUUUUACAAGUCAUUGGUCCAUUACAAAUAAACCAGAAGAUCAUGUUAGAUGUGCAAACUUUAUUUUAUCACUUGGAAAUAAUUCGUAUUUAUUAAAAGAAAAUAAAAUGUUAUUUUUAAACACUAUAUUAAACAUUAUUAAUUCAGAAUCAAAUUAUUGUAAAAAUAAAGGUAUAGAAUGUUUAGAGGUCCAUUUAAUGAAUUUUAUAGAUACAACCAAUUUUUAUGUAUUAAUUAUAGAAGAAAUUUAUAAGCAUCAAGAAAAGUUUUUCAAUAUAUUUAAAAAACUAUAUACAAAAGAUCCAAAAACCUUUAGUGUAGUAAUAGAGCCACAUUUUUCUAAAUUAUUCAAAAUAUUUACAGGAUCAUCAAAGAGUUUCAAUAUGUUAAAUAUACUGAUUAAAUCUGUUAGCAAUAGUUUUUUUACAACUCAUUUAAAUGAAUUUAUUACAAAACUUAUUCAAAUUCCAAUUACAUCAAUAACAAGCAAUUCAGCAGCAUUAACAUCAGGUUUACCAAAUAUUAAUCUUUCAGGAGAUGGGUUGUCACCAUCAUUAAUAAACAACUAUAAGAAGUAUGAAGUUUUAGAUUCAAUCGUAUAUGUAGCCAAGUUAAUACCAACUGAAGAAAUGUUACCACAUGUUAGAAUUUUAAUGAAGCAUUUUAGAACUUUAGAUUAUAUUCCUUUGGACGAUGCAAAUACGUUAUCCUAUGAAUCGAUUAUAAGAUCGUUGGUGCAACUAUACAAGAUGAUGGGUGAAUCAUUCAUUCAAUUAUUUUAUAUAGCAAUAAACUCAAUUUGUAAAAGCCCAGAAAAUACUGGUGGUAUGGUAAUUCUAGGUGAAAUUAUAACAGAAUUUCAAGAUAAACUCAGAAUUCAAGAUAUUCAACAAAUAUUGAAAUUUAUAGGGUCAACUUGUUUAUGCAAACGUGAUAUAUUCCCAACUUUUAUAGAUUUCUACUACCGUCACUCUUCAAUGUACGAAUUCAAUUGUUACAUCGAGAAAAUACUACAAAAGGAUAUAAAAUCAAAUAUAGACAGUAACUUUGAUAGCGUUAUAGUCGUAAAUAAUAACAGUAUCAUUGAAGAUGAUGACCACGAUAUAGACCAUCUAGGAGAUGACCAUCACAUUAGUGUUAAAGUUGUAAAUAAUAAUAUAUCAUUCGUCGAAAAUCACAAUCCAUUAAAAUCAAGUGGAAGUACUGGUUACAAUUUAAAUCACCACCAUCAUCAUCAACAGCAGGGUAAUAACUAUAAUUUCUCUAUUGACUUCCAUUCAAAUUCAAAUAUCGAUGAUGACUGCAGAAUUAAAUCAUUUAUAAACACACUUCAAUUCAUUAGGGUUAUAGGUGAAUAUUGCCCAAAUGCCUAUUCAACAGAAUCACAAAAAGAACGUAUUAAAAAGAUAUUUACCUCAUUAAUUGAAAAGUUACCCCAAUCUGUAGUCAAUGUUUUCAUGUAUUCCGGCAAAAAGAGUGUGAGAUUUAUUUAUCUUUUAAUUUCGCCAUUGGUAUCACUUAUCAACUCACUGCCAUAUAGCGACGACAUCUAUUCAACAUUUAUGGAAGGUAUCUUACAAUGUAUAUAUUCGCGUAAACGUCAAGAUCCAACCAUUAAUAUUACACCAUUCAUCGAUUUAAUGCUUAUUAUCAAUAAUGAAUAUGUUCCAGGUUCAAAAUCAACUCAUUAUGAUGCUAUUAUCAAACAAAACAUUCUAUAUUACAAAAAUUACUAUAAUCCAAAUAAAAUAUUCACCUCGAUUGUAAAUGGAAGCAGCAAUAGCUCAAAUUAUACAAACAAUACUACACCAAAUAAUAGCUCGCCAAAUCUAUUAUCACUCAAGGACCAUACAGACUUUUCAUUGUUUAUUGAUCGUCGUAAUCCACGUUUCCUUUUGUUCUUAAAUCAAGUAUUACUUUUAUGUUCAUAUAAAUUUUUAAAGAAAUUAGUAAUAUCCUAUCCUGCUCAGUUGGCUCAAUCAAGUGCAUUUAAAUUGGCAUAUGAACAACUAUCUUUACGUCAUAAAGAAUCAUUAAUCAAAAUUAUUCAAUCCUCAUCCACCUAUAAUCCAACAUUAGGUGAUUUGUUAAAAUCCAUUAAGCGUCCAGUUAUGCCACUUAUCGAUAGUAGUUUCAAACCAGGAUACGGUCCUUUAAUCAAAACCAUAUAUCAAGAUGCUCGAUUUACACCAGAAUGGAAAGUUUCACUAUCAUUAGUUUCCAGAGAAUGGUUUGAUCUUUGUCAACUAGAACUAUCAUCAUCAGUUAGAUCCGCCCAGUUAAUGAGAAUUUACCACUCUAUCAGACCAGGUGUUAGAUUUUGUUUGUUUGAAAAAAUUAUACACUUUUCACUUCAACAAAUUUUAGUUUAUCCAAUGGAUCAAUGGAAAGAUAUUUUCCGAUAUGCAGAGUCUAUUGAUUUAUCAGGUAUAGAUUACAAUAUAGAACUCCAACGUCAUUUAGAUAUAUUGGUUGAAAUUGACCAUUUCCCAAAUUUAAGUCAGUUAACAUUAGACUCUAUCUCCAAUGACAGCUCUAGCUUUAAUAGAAUCAUCGACAAUAUUUCUAUGAAUCCUUUAGUUAGCUUGGAAAGAUUAGUCGUUAAAUUAGAAUUAACUCACUAUAGCGAGGUUGAAAAUGUAUUGGAAUUCUUUAAGAACAUCCACAGCAAUGCCGUAUCAGCAAAUAAAGAGAAACUAAAUAUAGAAAUAGAAUUUUUAAAUAGUACAUGCGAUUGGUUAAUUUCAUUGGUAAAUGAAUUGUACAUACUUUUUAAUAGCAACAAUAGCAAUAGUGUUAUUAAAAUAAGAGCACCCUAUCCAGAUGACAGAGUUUAUUCAACUUAUAAAGCAAAAGGUGAAGAAAAACUACAAGAAAUUACCAACUACAUUAAUCAAUGUGUUAUUUUAGUUGUCGGUAGUCAAACUGAUUCAUAUGAAUCAUUUGACUAUUCAAAACUAUUGUUGCUCCAAAGCCUUGUAAUCUCAAACUGUGAAGAAUUUGGUAUAUUUUUUGAAAUUAACUUUGUAGCAUUACUUGAAAAUACUAAGCAUCUAAAUCACUUGUCAAUCGAUAACAUAACAAACCUCAACCAAUUAAACCAAGCUUUAGCAUUUAUAGGUUUAAAUCAUUCACUUGAAUCCAUUAGUCUAACUAUAAACACUUCGCAAUUAGAUUAUAAAACUUGGAGCGAUAGUAUUUUCUCUGGAACCUAUUUCUAUGAUGGUUUAAAACAACUUUUCAAACUUUUAAAUUCAAAUCAAACCAUUUCAAGUGUUUAUAUUGCAACUCAUAAUGACUUUUCUUUGUUGGAUGAUUUAAGUUGGUCAAAAAUCGACAAGGGUCAGUUUAAAUUUAUAAAUCAAUUUAAUUUACAAUUAGAAAGAUCAAAAAAAACAAAUUAA